AUGGCGCCCCUCAAAGUCCUCGUCAUAGGAGCCGGCGUUGGCGGCACGGGCGUGGCUUUUUGGCUCGGAAAGGCCGGCCACGACGUGACGGUCAUCGAGCGCGCUCCUCAACUCCGCGCCAACGGCCAGCAGAUCGAUCUUCGCGGCCAAGGCCUCACAGUCACUCGCCGCAUGGGCCUCCUCGACGCCGUCCGCAGCAAGCGGGUGGAGGAGCAAGGCGUCAUGUUCGUCGACAGCAAGGGUACGAACAAAGCCUUCCUGGGCAUCAACGACACCGGCAAGGGAGCGCAGGCCUUCACCUCCGAGUAUGAGAUCAUGCGCGGCGAUCUGAUCCGCAUCCUCUACGACGCCUCCCUCGAGAGCGGCAACGCCAAGUACGUCUUUGGCACCACCGUCACCUCCUUCUCCCAGGACAACGCGGACGCCAAGAGCGAGGAUGGCGGCAAGGUCCGCGUCACCUUGAGCGACGGCCGCGAGGAGGAGUACGACCUCGUCGUCGGUGCAGACGGCCAGGGCUCCCGCACGCGCCGUCAGAUCCUCGGCCUCACCCAAGGCCAGCCUGAUCCGACGUCAAAGUUUCUUGGCGUGUACGCCGGCUUUUACUCCCUGCCGCACGACGGCACCCGCCCCAACGUCGCGACCGCCUACCACGCUCCGGGCGGCCGGCUGACGUUGACGCGUGUCGACAACCCCAAGACCUUCCAAGUCUACCACAUGCUUCGGGCCGACCACCCGCUCGGCCGCGACUUUGGCAUCGCCCUUGCCAAGCGCGACGUCGCGGCGCAGAAGCAGAUCAUGGCCGAGGCCUACCAGGAUGCCGGCUGGGAGACUAAAAAGCUAGUCCACGGUAUGCUCAACGACAGGCAGGCCGAUGACUUUUAUGCCACCGACGUCGCCAGCAUCGUCAGCCCCGUGUGGAGCAAGGGCCGCAUCGUGCUGUUGGGUGACGCCGGCUACAGCUCCGCCACCUUCUCCGGCUUCGGAACCUCCAUGGCCCUGGUCGGCGCGUACGUGCUUGCCGGCGAGCUCACCAAGAACACGACCUUUGACAAGGAUCGGCCGAGAAAGUCGCUCGCCGACGGCCAAGCACACGUCCUGAAGGCGCUGCGUGGGUACGAGGACAUUCUCCGGCCCUUCGCCACAAAACUGCAGAACGCCAUCCCCGGCUGGAUCUGGUCCUUCACCAUUCCACACGCAGCUUGGGGAGUCUGGCUGCUGAGGUUUGUCGUCACCGUGUUGACCUUCCUCAGGAUCGACAAGCUCGCACAACGUUUCGGCUCCGACGACAAAGCAGAAUGGACUGUCCCCGACUACCCGGAGGUGGAUGCCUUGGUCAAGUCAUCUUGA